AUGCCCACCUCGCUGCCCUGGAUCUUCGUCUGCCCGGCCAGCCGUGGCAUAGGCCACGCACUGACCCGCCGACUACUCCUCACAACGACGCUGCCGGUCCUCGCCACAACUCGGCUCGCAGACACGGGCGUCACCAAGGCUUCUAUCCUCGAUGACCUAGAAGCCAGCAGAGCGGACAACAGCGAGGAUAGUCACCUGUCUCGGCGACUGCACGUCGUGCGCUGCGACGUCACGGACGAGUCGUCCAUCCGGCAGGCGGCCCGCGCGGCGGGAGAGCUGUUCCCGCCCAAGACGCACCACCUGCAUCUCGCGUGCGCCAUACCGGGCGUCCUGCACCCGGAAAAGUCCCCGGCUCAGGUCGAGCCCGCGUCGGCCCUCGAGUCGUUCCAGGUCAACGCCCUGGGGCCGCUGCUCCUGGCCAAGCACUUUUGCGACUUUCUGCCCCGGCGCGCGACGUCAGUGCCAGGAUGCCAGGAGCAGCAGGAGCAGCAAGACGGCGCAGCGGCACUGCUAGGCGGACUGCCGAGACACGCGACGUGGUUGAGCAUGGCGGCGCGCGUGGGCUCCACGACGGACAACCUGUCGGGCGGCUGGUACUCCUACCGCGCGAGCAAGGCCGCGGUCAUUAGCCUGACGCGCAGCCUGGACCUCUACUUCCAGGCGCGGUGCGGUGGCAAGGCGCUGGCCAUGGCGUAUCAUCCCGGGACGGUGAAGACGGAGUUUAGUCGCGAGUUUUGGGGCAACGUGCCCGAGGGCAAGCUGUUCAGUCCGGAGUUCGCGGCAGAAAAGAUGGUGGACGUAAUUCGGGGCUUGAAGCCGGAGCAGAGGGGCAAGUGUUGGGACUGGAAGGGCGAUGAGGUACCGCCGUGA